AUGUCGAAUGUUAUCGCGACCCAGAACAGAAUCAUGUCGGAUUUGAUAGUAGAUUUUUGCUGGGAUGUUUUAGAAGAUUCUCGGUUACCGUUGGUUGUCUGCACCACGUUGGUUGGUGUCCUGACUGUCUAUAUAGGGCGUAAGUUCUACGUAAGGCGACAGUUCAAGCAAAAAGUCCGGAAGAAGAACGAAGAAAGGCAACAGGCUUUUCAAGACGUGCUGAAGUCUUUAAAUACUGACGAUAAGGAAGUCGAGGAUACAAGAAAGGCGGUCUUGUCUCUGACAUUACCACAACUCAGCCAGCAGCUGAGAGAUGGACAGCUGUCAGCUGUUCAGGUGCUACAAGCAUACCAGGAGAAGGCCCUUGCAGUGCACAAUGACUUCAACUGCAUCACAGAGCCCAUUCCAGACGCUCUUGCUAGAGCGGAGGACUUGGACCGCGCCGGUCAGAGGUCAGGACUACUGUACGGAGUACCAGUGUCAAUCAAAGACAACAUCGACAUCAAGGGAAUGGCGAAUACACUUGGUCUUGUCAAGUACCUGGAAAACUAUGCCGAGGAAGACUCUGUUAUCGUCCGAGUGCUGAAGAAACAAGGGGCGGUGCCGUUCGUGAAGACCAACGUCCCACAGACGAUGCUGGACAUCGGCUGCAGUAACCCGCUGUACGGCACGACCUUGAACCCGCGUGACCCCACACGCAGUCCUGGCGGGUCGUCAGGCGGAGAGGGCGCGCUGAUUGGUGGAGGAGGCUCCAUCCUCGGCCUCGGGAACGACAUCGGCGGCAGCAUCCGGAUUCCCGCGCACUUCUGCGGAAUCUGCGGCUUCAAACCUACUGCUAACAGGCUGAGCAAACAGGGAUACUUCAACUGUUCUCCGGGUCAACAGGGUGUGGUCGGGACGUGUGGCCCUCUGGCCCGGGACGUGAACAGCCUGGCCCUGGUGAUGAAAGCUCUCCUGGUCCCGGACAUGUUUGAACUGGACCCUCUGGUACCGCCUAUACCAUUCAGACAGGAGAUAUACGAGUCGAAGAAACCACUGAAGAUUGGCUACUUUCUGGACUGGGAGCUUCAACUGGCUACACCGGCGUUAACAAGGGCGGUGAAGAUAGCAAAGGAAGCACUGGAGAAAGCUGGACACAAACUUGUGCCAUUCCAGCCUCCAAAAAGCGACCACGCCUUCUUUGACAUCAUUCCAAAAUGUCUACUGGCCGAUGGUGGAACAACUAUUCGUAACCGCAUGUCGGGUGAAGUUGUGGAUCCCCGUCUGAAGCUCCAGCUGCCUUUCCUGACGAUGUCGUACUUCUGGCGGAAGGUGGUCGGAGUCUUACUGAAACCAGUCUCGGCUAGAAUAGCAAGGAUGAUGUCACACCGUAUACUUCGGACCAUCUAUGACUUGUGGCAAAGACUGGUGGAAAGAGAGGUUUAUGUAAGAGAGUUCCUGACUGCCUGGGAAGAAGCCGACAUCGACGUUCUACUGUGCCCUGCCUUUCCUAUACCUGCCUUUAAACUCCAGGGGGCACCUGCAUUGUCGGAAACAACGUCCUACACAUUCAUCUUUAACCUCCUGGACUUUCCCGCCGGCGUGGUUCCCGUUACCAAGGUAAUGGAGGAGGACGACAGGUUAUUGGAUGAUUACGUCGGAUCUAACAACGACUUGUUUGACAGAUAUCUUCGGCAGGUUACCAAAGGUGCAGUUGGCCUGCCGGUCGCUGUCCAGUGUGUGGCGCUGCCGUGGCAGGAGGAGAUCUGUCUCAGGCUCAUGAAGGAAGUGGAGACUGUUUGUAAAAUGUAACCAUCUUAAUAAUGAGAAGA